AUGGCCUAUCCGUCGAGCGACUCAGACGGACGUCCUAGAUCAGGCUCUAAAUCAUCGUCCGAAUUUUCCCAGGUGACUCCAUUAGAAGAUGCCUUCACGUCCCUCAGCUCUUCAGCGCCCCCUGACUGGCAGUUCAACUCUGCAUCGAUGUCCACCUCUUCUAUUACUUUUCAAAAGCCGUUUCCAAGCUUCAGUGCCGUCACCUCACCACUGCACAUGUCGGUAGAUACUUCAGCCACAACCUUCCGAAAUGAUUCCGUUGAAACACCGCUGCUUGCGUCACCGUUGCCAUUGGAACUUCCAGAGCCGGUAUUGAGUAUUGCUACGCAAUCCGUUUUCACUGAUGGACCUUUGGGAAACGCCGCUUUCAAUAAGGCCCCUGGAUUGAUGCGAAGAUUAUCCAGAGGUGCGGCCAGUAAGCUUUCUCGGCGAAGGCUAUCAAAUUCCCACGACACGCGAGAUAACAGUUCGGGGCCCGUCAUACUGCGCAGAAGAAGCGAUAGUAAGACUUCAGUCUCCAAAGAUAGUGCCUUAGAGUCAAGUGUUGAAGAGGAUGAAAAAUCCGAGGCUCGUAAAAAUCGUGGCCCUCUCGAAGGAAGCACAUUCAGCGGCGAAUACCCGUUAUCCUGGGCUACUACCGCAGGGGUGGCGCCGAGAGUCGACCCUCUUUUACAGUGUGGCUCACUUCUCACAAAAGUGACCAAACAGAAGAAGAAACGGAAGACAUUCUUUCUUGAUGUCGAUGCAGCUAAAGUGUACUGGGAUCUCUCAAACCCGUCCAAGAGAUUUUAUAUCGACGACAUCAAAGAAAUAAGACUGGGCCAGGAUGCGCGGAAUUAUCGAGAGGAACAUCAGGUCCCAAUUGAAUUUGAGAAUCGCUGGUUCACAAUUAUCUUCGCUAAUCCCGAAGGGUCCAAGAACAAGCCUGUUAAGACAAUGCACUUGAUCGCACCGAGUCGGACCGUUUUUGAGCUGUGGACUACCACCCUAGAGCAGAUCUCCAGGUACAGAAUUGGACUUAUGGUUGGCCUAGCUGGCUCCGGCCAAAGUGAGGCUAUAUUGAAGGCGCACUGGCAACGCGAAAUCGGAAGACGUUUCCCUGGGAAGCCUGGCCUUGCUGAAGAAAAGUGCCUCGACCUUGGAGCUGUGGAAAAUCUUUGCCAUAGCCUUCACAUCAACUGUUCUAAAUCUGUUUUACGUCUUCAGUUUGCGAGAGUCGAUAUAGGUGGAACCGGGGAGAUCAACUUCUCCCAAUUUCAGGCUUUUGUGCAACACCUUAAAGCUCGCAGAGACGUGAGAAACAUUUUUGCAUCCGUGGAAACAACAAACGGUUUAAGCAUGGAAGAGUUCUUUGACUUCCUUCGCAAUACACAGGCGGAAGAUGUCGACAAUCGCAAAGAAUACUGGACUUCCGUUUUUGAAAGCUUCGUCCAAAAAUCAAGACUUCGAUCACAAAGCCUUCCAACACCCCUCUCUGGCUCAUCUGCGCGCAUGAAUCUUGAUGCUUUUUCGUCAUUCUUGAUGUCCACAGCGAAUAGCAUUUACCCAACCGAUGUACCCCAGCCAAAGUUUGACUUGCCGCUGAACGACUAUUUCAUUUCGAGCUCUCACAACACGUACCUUUUGGGAAGACAAGUAGCUGGUGCCUCCAGCACAGAAGCGUAUAUUACCGCCCUUCAGAAGGGUUGCCGUUGUGUCGAGAUCGACUGCUGGGAUGGCGCCGAUGGUCGUCCGAUAGUGUCCCAUGGCAGGACGAUGACCACCAGCGUCUUGUUUGCAGAUUGUAUAGCAGUUAUCAAUCGUUAUGCAUUUUUGUCGUCUGAGUAUCCGCUGAUAUUGUCGCUCGAAGUCCACUGUAACUCAGAGCAACAACUCCUCAUGGCCAGCAUCAUGAAGGAUGUCUUUGGUGAAAAACUCCUCCUUGAACCGCUUAGGGCGAAUUGGCCAAUCCUUCCGAGUCCGGAAGCCUUGAAGGGCCGAAUUCUCAUCAAGGUGAAAACAUCCGACGAGUGUGAAGGAAAUAGCGCAACUGUCGGUUCUGGUAAAGCUGUGGGCCGCAAACGAAGCUCCAGUUCUCCUUUCCUACCUUCAGCUGCUCAAAACCCAUUUCCAACUUACUCGCCGUUAUCUUCUCCGCCAACAAUCGGGCCCAUUGAUGGGUUACCCCCAAUUCUGGCUCAACCAAAGCGCUCUCUCACUGGAGCUAGCUUGAGCAGCGCCUCUGAAGAAAGCGAUGCAGCCUUCGCAGCCCUAGCCUUUCAGAAGGACAAGAAGAAGAUGCCCAAAAGCAGGGUCAUCAAAGGCCUUGCAGACCUUGGCGUUUAUGCUCGUGGUUAUAAAUGGCGAGGGUUCGACACUCCUGAAAGUAAACAGUUCAACCACGUGUACUCCUUUGCGGAAAGAUCUUUUGAAACAAUAUGCCGAGACCGUGAAAAUAAGGCACUUCUGGAGGCGCAUAAUCGCCUAUAUCUGACGAGAGUUUAUCCGUCCGGAUAUCGUCUGCGUUCGUCAAACUUUGACCCGAAUAGUUUCUGGCGGCGUGGUGCUCAGAUGGCUGCACUCAAUUGGCAAACCUACGACGUUGGUAUGCAGAUGAAUCAAGCCAUGUUUGCGGCGGGAAAUGAUCGUACUGGAUAUGUGUUAAAACCGGAAAGCCUACGUGUUCCACCAUCGUUGAAUUAUACAACAGACGGAAAGCCAAAGAUUGAUCGGCAAUUGCUCCGCUUUAGCGUGGACGUGAUCUCUGCUCAACAACUUCCUCGAUCCAGAGGCAUGGGUCCUGACGAUAGUAUUAACCCAUACAUCGAGAUUGAGAUUCUCAGCGCCGAUGACAAGAAGAAAGGUGUUGCGUACGGCGAAGGCGGAGUGAACGCUUCCAACCGCAAUGGAUUAUCGGGUAUCGGUCUUCCUCAUCGUCGUCGGACGAGGAUCGAGCAGAAGAACGGAUUCAACCCUAUUUUCGGAGACCAGUUCAGAUUCUCCCUAGAGACUAAAUACCCCGAUCUCGUCUUUAUUCGUUGGAUCGUAUGGAACUCCACGGAUGGCCGUAGCUUCGGGGGCAAUAAUAGCACGCAGCUCGCUACAUUCACGGCUAAGCUUAGCAGUUUGAACCAGGGUUAUAGGUAUUUACCACUUUAUGAUAGCAACGGUGAUCAGUACCUCUUUUCGACCCUAUUCUGCCGAAUCACCAAGUUUGAGUCUGUCCCUUCUCCGCAACAAGUGAACGUCGAAGAAUCGAAGAGCGAGCGUAUGGGUAUCUUUCGACAGCUUGGCCAGUCAAUGUUCAAACGUGCUCUGUCGACAGAAAGAGAGAAGGAGGCAUCUCGAGAGCGGGACAGGCUCAUCGAGGGCAUCCGAAAGGACUCGCUGAGCCGAGAAAAAAAUGAACCAUCGUCGUCAUCAUCGUCGCUUCCAAUGGCCACGAACGCCUCGUCGGCUCAGUGA